UUCAGGGAAGAAAAUAAUGUGCAAUUAAGCCAUACAAAUGCUGCGGGAGAUAUUUCUUCGCAGCAUUUGUAUCUUUCCAUUUUUACAUGGGGUUUAUGGACUCUUUUGAAGAUAUUCCUAUAGAGAUGGGAUGGGCUUGCUGGGCUGGAUAAAAUCCCCUUGCAUUUGUCUUCAUUCAUUCAUUUUGGCUUGGUUGUCGCUCGUCGCAAGGACUUUUGCAGCGUAUACGAUACGACUUUUCAUUUUCUUUCAACGUAUCUAUUGUUCUGCCCCUCGACUUCUAUGCCGAUAUUUCCUAUUUCUUACUUUCAAUUGCCUUCCUUUAUUUCUCAUUUCUUUCGAAGUAUACCCUUCGUUCACCAACAAAGACUUUAACUCUUACAUUCUGGUGGUUUGAUGCUGGAAUUUUUCUAAUACUAUGUUUUCAUGUAUUCAUAUUGUAUUUUAUACAAAUAUACUGUAUACCUAAUUCU